CGCACGGGGAUCGGCUGGGAACGCCUGGAUGGCGCGCGGAGCGGGGAGCCUGCCCCAGUGCACAGCAUGAAGUCACGUCGGAACCCGCCUUUCUUGCCUUGGAGCCCUUCAGCGGCCGCACCCCAGGCCCUAGCUCCCUUCCUGCAGGCGGAGACUCCGUGCCUCAUCGCUGGAAACUUGCAGUUUCUCACAGACACACACGCAUGGCAGAAGGGAAAUCUCCCCAGAAAAAGAGACCCCGGAGAAGUUUAUCCGCCAGUAAAACUAAAACAAAGGGCGCACCCUCCAUUGUCUCUUUUUUUAACAAUGCGCCUCCUGCCAAGUUUGCCUGCCCCGUUUGCUGCCAGAUGGUGCCGAGAUAUGACUUAAACCAGCACCUGGACCAGGGGUGUGUGGGCACUGCUCAGCCCAGCACCGUGGACCCCGGGCAUCUUGGUUCAAGGACUUCAAAGGAAUCCACCGUGGAUCGGAGCCAUGUCACCUCCAAACAGCCCCCAGCAGAGACACUAGUGACCCCUGGCCAGAGCGAAUCCCCUCCAAAGGGCAUCAAACAGAAAACCAGCCCCUACUUUGAUCGUGGUAACUUGACAUCCCCAAACCGUGACGAGCAUGGACUUCCUAGCGUGACAGUCAUCCCUCUGGGCAGUCUGUCCUCCAAACUGUCCAGAAGCUACCAAAAAAACAAGAGGUGCAUCUCCGAGGAAGAAGGAUUUGCCCAGGACAGCCCUCCAGGUGCAUCUUCCACGGCCAGGCCUUGCGCCAGGAACGAAGAGAAGAAUCCAGCUUGGGAGAACAGUUCACAGAAGGAAAACCUUGCAUGUGAUUCUCCAGGGUACAGCUCACAGGUGACGGUUGGGGAAAGUGCAGCUGUGUCCCCAAGGCUGGUGGUGUCUCCCCACACCCCUGCCUUGAGUCCCCAGCAGGCACCUGAGUCUCUCUCCCCACAUUUAAAUCUUGGGACUCAGCUCCAGGCUGCUUCAGAGGGUGCUCUGGCUGAAGUGGCCAGCUCAGACAAGGUGGGGACCCAGGAAGAUGUUGAUGGCAUGGGACCUUCAGAAGCUCAGGCGCGUCUGGAACCUUUGGAGACGGAUUCUCAUAGCCCUGCAUCUGGCGAUGCCCAAGAAGGCCCUCUGAGAGGGGACAGCAGCUGCCAGGGUGGUGUAUCUGGCCCUGGCCCUUUGGAACCGGUCGAUGGUGAUGGGGAUCUAGGUGUGGCUAGGGUCGCCCCAUUGGACCAGCCUUACUACCUGCAGAGUUUCCUCCUGGUGCUGAGGACCGUGUUUGAGCAUGAAGAAGACAGGACACUCUUUGACGCACAUGAGCAGGCCAUGGUGGCCCGGUUCCACCAACUCUCAGCGAGUGGGCAGAAACUGUACGUGAGGCUUUUCCAGCGCAAGUUGGGCUGGCUGAAGGUGAGCAAGCUGGAGUACCGGGAGAUCGCGCCCGACCUGACCCCUGUGGUCCGGGAGCUGGAGCAAGCCGGCUUCUUGCAGACAGAAUCUGAGUUGCAAGAACUCUCAGAAGUGCUUGAGCUACUUUCCCUUCCUGAACUAAAAACCUUGGCCAAGACGUUCCAUCUGACGAGCCCCGGUGGGCAGAAGCAGCAGCUGGUGGAUGCCUUCCUCAGGCUGGCACGGCAGCCGUCCAUCUGUGCCUGGGACAAGACCCGGCCUGGAAUCAGCGCAGUCAUUCUCAAAAGAGCGAAAGCGCUGGUGGGAGCGUCCUUGCGGGUAUGUCAGGGCCCUCGGGCCGUGUUUGCCCGCACCCUGCUGCUCUUCUCUCCUGCCGACUCCCUGGAGGAGGAGGAUUCUGCCUGUGGUGGCCAGGGGCAACUGUCCACUGUGCUGUUGGUCAACCUCGGCCGUGUGGCGUUUCCCACCUACACCGUCAGCCGGGAGACGCGGAUCUUCCAGGACAGGGAGGACCUCAUCCGGUAUGCAGCCGCUGCACACCUGCUGAGUGACGUCAGCUCUGCCAUGGCCGCCGGCAGCUGGCCCACUGCGCUCCGCCUCUCCCAGCGUGCCAAGGAGGACUGGACGGCCUUGAAGGACCACCCUGCCCUCAGAGCCCAUGAGCAGCUGCCCGUCUUCCUGCGCUGCUACACCGUAGGCUGGGUCUACACCCGCCUUGCGUCUCGGCGUGUGGAGAUCCUGCAGCGCCUCCACAUGCAUGAGGAAGCCGUCCAGGAGCUGCAGAGUCUCCUGGCACAGAACGUGUAUUGUCCAGACAGCAGGGGCCGGUGGUGGGACCGGCUGGCUCUGAACCUGCAGCAGCACCUCAAACGUUUAGAACAGGCUGUGGAGGUCAUUGCAGCAGGCCUGGCGGACCCAGCAGUGCGGACGGGUCAUCGCUUGGCACUCUGGCAGCGGGCUGCACGCCUCAAGGAGUCUUCGAGCGGCCGCAGGUUCCGACAGCAGCUUGGGCAGCUGCCAGCAGUCACUGUGCAGGAUGUCAAACAUGUGACCAUCACGGGCCGGCUGUGCCCGCAGCGUGGGGUGGCCAAGUCGGUGUUUGUGAUGGAGACGGGAGACCCUGCUGCCCCCGCCACCGUCCUGUGUUCGGUGGAGGAGCUCGCUCUGGCCUUCUACAGACGCAGCGGCUUCGACCAGGGCAUCCAUGGGGAAGGCUCCACCUUCUGCACGCUCUAUGGCCUCCUGCUGUGGGAUGAGAUCUUCAUGGAUGGGGUCCCAGACGUCUUCCGUAGCCCUUAUCAGGCCUCCCCACUGGACCUGUGCACUGACAGCUUCUUCGCGAGCCGGGCAGCAGCCCUGGAGGCCCGGCUGGAGCAGCUGCACCGUGCCCCGGCCGAGCGCUUGCAGGCCUGGCUGGCAGCCACGUGGCAGGCCCAGGAGGGCCGGGCAGCAUCGGUGGUCAGCUGGGAGCGCUUCGCAUCCCUCCAGCAAGCACAGGACCUGGUGUCCUGCCUGGGGGGCACGGUGCUGAGUGGCGUGUUCAGGCGCCUGGCGGAGGACUUCCGGCACUGCCGAGGGGGUCUGCCAGACCUGGUGGUGUGGAGCUCCCGGGACCGUCGCUGUAAGUUGGUGGAAGUCAAAGGCCCCAGUGACCGGCUCUCCGCAAAGCAGAUGAUCUGGCUGGAUGAGCUGCAGAAGUUGGGUGCGGACGUGGAGGUCUGUCAUGUGACUGCAGUGGGCGCCAAGGGCCACGGGCUCACGUGAGCUGCAGGCCAGACGCUGUGGUCUACAUUUGACUUCCUGUCAUCAAUAAAGCAGGCAGUCCC